AUGAUCUAUUGUUCUCAUGUCACUCGAUUAUCGAUUCACAAUCUUUCAAAACGGUUUGUUGUUAACCUUUCCAAACAACAAUGGCGAUGUUUUAGCGAAAUAGACACGUCACCAUCUAGUGUGAUGAGAAAUGCUCAAGUUCAAACCAUUUAUUCAGAGACAAUGCAGAUUCCCAAGCAAGGUAGAUUAGAAGUUCGAUGUCCAUUUAAUCUCUAUGUGACACCAAUACAUCCGAAAGAUUUUCCAAGACUUGAUAAAGCUUUUUUCACAAUAUAUGGUGAUAGUGAUUUUCAAUUUUCAAAAGACAAAUGGAAUAAAUUAUUUAAAUUUUCUACUGUGUUCAAUUCUGAUGAUCGAACACUUCGUGUUAUGGGUAAUUUCACUGAAUCAGGUGAAAAACAGUUAAGUGAACUAGCACAUACAUUAGAAGUAUUUUGUCAAAUUCCUCCAAAUUAUGAAAUUGAUAUCAAUUGUAUGGAUAAUAAUAAUGUUAAUGUUGAACAUUUACAAAGUCCUCGUGUUCACAUUCAAACAAAGCGAGGCGAAUGUUCACUGAGGAAUAUAGUUGCAGACAGUAUUGUUGUACACAGCCAAACAGGCAACAUAACUUGCUCAGGUUCAUUGCAUGGAACAAUCGAUUUAAGCACAGAAAGAGAUGGUAUAAUACAGGGAUCGAAAUUGCAAGGUCCUUUUGUUAGAUUAAAAGUUGAGAAUUCAGAUAUUCGCGUCAACAGUAUUGAUUCUGAACAUUUUUUUAUUCGUGGACAACAUGGAAAUUUUCGUUUUGGAAAGUUACAUGGCCAUGGAAUAAUUAAUUUAAAUCGAGGCUCAAUAAAAAUAAAAUCAAUCGAUGGUGAUGUUAGUCUUCAAUGUGAAAAAGGUGAUGUGCAUGCCUUCUUUUUCUCUACUGAUUUAUCAACAAUAAGGGCUAAAGAAGGUGACGUUCAUUUGGGUGUUGUUGACACUGCAAAUGUUCGAUUAAAUCUUGUUGGUAAACGUGUUCAAGUAGAAGACGCAGCUACUGAACAUUUCCACAGGAAAACAGUUACAAAAGCAGGCAUUGUUCAAGUCAAUGGUUUCAUAUCAGACGAAUCUGCUAGCGCCUCGAUUGAUGUUAGCGCAUCAAAUGGUACUGUUCAGCUCCAUGUACGAGAUUGGUUUUCAACAUUGAAACUUGAUCGACAUGUUGAUCAAUAA